AUGGAUAACGACAUGGAUAAGGCCCUUCACGCGGGCCUCCAAGCGGACGUACAGGAUGUAGACUCGGGCUUUCGAAACCCCAAUCUCGAGCCUCACCACGACCUUCAUCACCUCUCCCAACAUAAUAAAAAUCAGCGCCCUUACGAUCACGAUAACGACCACAAUCGUCGCAUCGACCACACCACUGACCUCAGACAAGACUAUCUCAACGAUCAGCUAUCUCACGACCGCCGUCAUUACCUCCCCGAUUCUUCGCCUUCCGCCGCUCCUGCAUCUCAUUUCGACCAACGUAGCGCCUCUUCCCGUCCUCCUGUGCCUCACGCCGACGAGUACGAUUCGAUUUCUACAGGAGCCCACCAUGCCUUCGCCCCCGUAAACCCCGACGACUUCUACAAAAGCUAUCGGGGAACGUACCACAAUAAUCAAGAGUCCCUCUCUAUCGGUGCCUCGGCAUUGCGUCCAUCAUUGCGCUCCAACGGUGAUGGCUUAAUGCCAAAACUUCAUAUUACAUCGCAAACAGAGAUCAAUAUGCGUUCCACGUCAAAUCCUGUCGACAACAGGCCUGCUCUUCCUGGCUACAAACCCACUGGAACUCACCCCAGUGUGAGGGAUCUGAAAAGGCGCUUCGACCAGAAUGGUGCUGCACCUUCAUCAAUUCCCCGUGCCCCGGCGCAUACGGGAGCUGCAGCUAAGAUUAGGCAAGAUGUUGGUGUCAGUCCACAACCGCGAAAUGGUGCAACGUCUUACUCGACAUUACGUGAUGGUUCAAACUCGUUCAGCAAGCAAACAAUGUCCUCAUCAGCCCGCUCCCAGAGGUCAAGAUAUGUUGCCGAGGACCAGGUCUCGAAUAAUUCUCAGUCUUUUGCCAGUCGUAUAGGGAAACCGCGAAGUACUGCUAGCGGAAACUCAAAUGCCUCCAAACCCACGUCCAACUUGGCGCCAGAGUCUCCACCACAACAACCGACUUCUUCUUCUAUCUCCCCCACACCUUCGCGUUCUCAAGGCUUGCUUUUCGGCGAGAUUCUUCCCGAGCAACACAAUUUUCCCACCGCUGGCUAUGGAAUUGAGGGCGUUCGCCCAAGAAGGACAUCUGAAUCCAGCUUACACCAUCCAUUUAGCCAUCAAAGAAGCCUAUCUGAUCCACCAGAUGUCGCCGAGCCUUCGUCCCCAAGUAUCUGGUAUCGUAGCCUCAACGGCCACGAUAACAACGGGCAACCUACCCAGGCCCCUCAAAAAGGCCACACACGGUCACAUAGCGACAUCCCAAGAUCCCCUUCAGUACCUCCGGUCUCUCGUAAAACCCCUUCUCGAAAAUCACCGACGACCAAUACCUCGAGUGCUGGAUCUACAUCCAAACUGCCACGCUCUGUGAGAAAAGUGAAUAGCCCCAGUGAUUCAACACCUUCGACGCGUUCGAACUCACCAGCUCUCAAACGACCGCAAGUGAAUGGCCGAACAUCAAGGGCAGGAAAUCCGACGACAAGGGCAAAGACUCCAACUCAAAGCGGCGUUGCUCGAAAGGCGGCACCUCGAACUCUGGUCACACCAACGAACAACAAUCGCCUUCAGGCAAAUAUCAUAGCGCCUCCCCCGAAGCUGUCCCCUCCUCUCAGAAGUUCUCGGCCUCGUCAACCCGUUUCCGUGGCUACAACGGCAAGCUCUCGGAUGAGGGCAGUGGAAAGGGCUAGGUCACCAAAUCCUACAUCCAUUCCGCAGUCCAGGAUAGCUGAACCAUCAUCGCGCCGGCGGAAGAUCUCUGUAGGACCGAUUGAUUUUGAACAGCGACGAGAACAUAUCCGACUAGCUUAUACGAAGUCCAUUCGAGAAAGCCAAGCGCUCGAGGCACGACAAAAGGCAGUAGACCGAAGGCGGAGGGAAAUGGAGGCUGCUGCCAGGGCCAAGGCUACUGCCACUACUUCUUCAAACUCGAAUUCACCAUCUGUUACGCCAGAGCCUAAUGCUACAGAGUCUACAGAGUCACCGAUCCCCGCCGAUAUUCCACCAGUUCCGCCCCUUCCAGAUGACCAUUUAGUAUCGUCAGAGUUCAGGAUUGGUAGUGGGCGAAGUUUGAGCCCGGAGGUUUCAAGUGCCACAGAAGUGCAAAAUGCCUUGAACGUGGUUGACCUCUCAGAUACUAUUGCAUUCCCAGGUAGCCAUGAGGUGUCUUACGAUCAACCUGAUGGAGAGCCACGCCGAGAUCAACCUUCACCGUUUCUGGAUGACCCAACGAUGAGUCCGGUUGACAUCGCAAUGGCACUACCACCAGCGUCAUUGAUGCUCACUGCGACCUCCCAGGCAACUUUUACCGACGAGUCAUCGGCUCAAGACUUUGAUUCACCCACCCUGGGUGUUCCUGGCAGCUUUCCAGCCCUCAGCCCUCCUAUUGGUGAACCAGAGCGACCACCAACUGCCGAUUCGAUAGCAUCAGAAACAACAGAGUUCGAUAACGAACCUCAAAUUACCCCUCCAAGGUCCUCACAGACGCCGCUCGAAGUUCCCAUCACGGUUGUCAAGCCGCCCAGUCCACAAGCACAGAAGUCUGCAUCUCCUCCGAAGGCCGAGUAUCAUUACCCGUUCGAGGAUGACCCUGACUCGCCAGUUCGACCAAAAUCCGCAUCCAAUACCGUUGAUGUAGCUGAACACGCAUUGUCGAAGCAUGAUGAGGUUAUUACGCCUUUCAUCCCUGGAGCAUUCGAUAUUCAGGCCAAAGCAGACGUGCCCCAACCAGGUGUUGAGUCCUACAAAACUACAAUCACCGUUCUGCCACCCAAUGACGAACCAAGAGCGGCUGAAAGCCUUGAAGAAACGGUCCCAUUCCCACGAAUUGAGCCCCAAUAUGAAUCAGACUGCCAUUCUGAUUCGGAAUACGAUGAAGCAACGAGGCAGUAUCGCCGCUUUCAUGACGAUGAUGCUUUCACUGACAGUUGUACCGAGGACGCAGAAGAGGCCGGCAGAAACGACUGUAGAUCAGAGGUCCCGUCCGACGACCAAUUCUCGUCACAUCGUGCCUCGACUUGUGAAUCUCUGGAUACCAACAACGAGCCUCAUUAUGCUUAUGAUGAACAGCAGCGGCCGGAGAUUUCAACAAAUCUUAUGGUACCGACUUUGUCAACGACGAAUAGAACAAGUCAGCAGUCAGCGUGGACUGACUUUUCGAUCAAUAGUGGCGACGUGUCUCCAGCGGGGCGCUCACCAGUGUUUCCCGAUGAUGACGAGAACGAAACUGGAGAUCAUGGCCAUGUUACAAUCUUUGAAACAACAUCUAUCCAUCGAAAUAGCCGACCUGUCGAGCGACCUUUGGAAAUUCGCAACAGUCAACCGGAGAUCCGACCCUCUACCGACUUGACCCAGUCGCCGUAUCUAAGUCAUCAACUCCCGGAGCUAGACACUGGAGAUGGGUUUUCCAUUCCUUAUCUUUCCAACAGAGCCAGCAAGAGCUUCUCGUACUUCCCAUCCCCUAAUCACGAACCUCCCCCCAUACCGGCUUCAACAUCCGGCUCCGCUUGCAAUUCGCAACGAGCAUCAGGUGUUUAUUAUGAGCAGUCCCAAAGUGGAAGCACAUUUGUCAAUUCUGAAAGAGGGUCGCAAGAUUACAUUCCCAUGAUGACCACGCCUCAAUCGAUGGACACCACAUCCCUGUCAACCCAUAAUCAGUAUUUCGCGGAUGCAACCACUUUGAACGGAGAUGCAAACUCCGAAACAUAUGAUAAACAGGGUCCAACAGGAAAGGAAAAGCACCGACUUGUUCAACGACGCAACGUUAUAAAAGAGCUUGUUGACACUGAAGCUGUGUUCGUGCGCGACAUGAAUAUUGUCGAAGAGAUAUACAAAGGGACAGCAGAGGCUUGCCCAAAGCUCGACGCCAACACUGUGAAGCUCAUCUUCCGGAACACGGAUGAGAUCAUUGCAUUCCACACCUCCUUCUUUGCGCAGAUCAAAGAGGCAGUUCUAGCUGUUUACACGAUGCAGAGCCGGCGGUCUGCGCUUGCUAGGGAAGGCACAUUGAUAUCGGAGCCCUCGCAGUUUAAUCCUGCUGAUAUUGAUGAUACCAAAGAUCGCUCCGUCCUGAUCGGCCCUGUUUUCAAAGCCAAUAUGGAGAAGAUGAAGCUCGCUCAUGAGGGCUUCUUGAGGAACAGUGAUGGGGCAGCCAAACGACUCAUCCAGAUACAACAGGAUCCCACGGUGAAAGUCUGGCUCAAUGAAUGUAACGAAGUUGCGAAGGACCUGACUGCAGCAUGGGACCUGGACUCACUCUUAAUUAAACCAAUGCAGCGCAUCACCAAGUAUCCAAAUCUCAUUAUAACGCUGUUGCAGCACACCCCACAGGAUCAUCCCGAUCGAGAAGGCCUAAUUGAGGCUAAAGAGAUCCUCGAGACGGCCAUCAUCGAGAUCAACAAAACCAAAAAGAACUUCGAACUUGUCGGCCAGAUCGUCGGCAGAAAGCGAAAGGAAUCCGAUGUUAAGGCAGGAUUCGCGCGCGCAUUCGGUAAAAGAGUCGACAAGCUCCAAGCGUCAGGUACCCGAACAAGUGAAGAUUCCGAAUAUGCCAAAUUGAACGAGAAAUUUGGCGACGAUUAUCUGCGACUACAAGUUGUCCUCCGAGAUGUCGAAUUCUACACGAGGCAGGUAUCUGCCUAUGUCCACGAAUUUUUGCAGUAUCUGUCGUCCAUUGAAUUGGUGAUGAGGCUACAGCCAGGAAACCAUCCUGAGCUUGAAAGCAAGUGGGUCCAGUUUAAUAUCUCGAUGCGAGAUCUUGAAAAGGUUGCGCUUGAGGAACAUUUAUCGCAAGUCCGAAAACAUGUCAUUGAGCCGUUCGAACAUGUUAUCAAAGCCUAUGGUAACCCGUCUUUGGCAAUGAAAAAACGCCAAAAGCGCCGCGUGGACUACGAGCGAUACGAACAGCUAAAGCGCGCGGGCAAAAGUAUUGACUCCAAACUCAACGAACUUGUUGAGCAGUACGAUGCUCUGAACGAUACGCUGAAGAAAGAGCUCCCCAAGCUGUCUGCUUUAACUGAAAAGGUGGGCAACAUCUGUCUGGGUAACUUUGUCAACAUCCAAACGAGAUGGUAUGGGAUAUGGAAGGACAAGAUGAAACUAGUUUUGGGCGACUGUCCUGAUAUGCCGGAUCUUAAGGAGGUCGUGGCAACUUUCCAACGCGACUUCCCCUAUCAACAGGAGCAGUUAGCCAGUAUUGGUAUCCUCAAUCCCAUGUAUCGGGGUCGAAUUUCUCAGUCAACCACACGGAGUACCGAAGAGUCAUCAUCCAUGAGGAUGCGAUCACGUCCGUCUGAGAGUGAUUCGCGGGGUCGAGGUCACUCAAUCAGCGGUGAACAGGCCCCAAGCGUUCCUGCACCCGAAUUCACAAAACGCCACAGCGGUUCGUAUACUGCAUCGCCUACAGGUGUCACUGCUGGGAACAUCCCUAGUCCACAUCAGUAUUAUUAUCGUGACUAUUAUUCGGGUAUCGGGAACCACCAGCAGGGCACUGCAUCUCCUCUCUCUCCAGAUCUUCCUGGUAGCACGCGAUCAUUCGCCGCCUCUACGAGACCCAGUACAGGCAGAAGUUUUGACUCUGGGGGACUUCCACGACAGAGCUCAGACUCAGCUACACAACAGCUCCGAGACUCCCAUACGACCUACAGUUCACAGAAUCAAUCUCAAGAGGGCCGACGGUUUUCGGGGCUUUUCCACUCAGCUUUGCCACCAGCUGACGGACCUGAGGAUAGUGCUCGAUCGUCUCGGGCAUCUUCAAGGGAGCGAGGACCCACAGACGACGGGUACAAUGUGCUUUGGCUAGCGGCUUCCCUCUUUGAGUUCAAUAUUGCAACGACAAAACACGAAGCUGGUUAUCCGUACUUGGUAUAUCAGGCCGGCGAAAUCUUCGACGUCCUCGGUGAGAAAGGAGAGCUCUGGUUAGCAAAGAACCAGGAUGAUCCGGACGAUCGCGUCGGGUGGAUUUGGUCAAAGCAUUUUGCCAGGCUCGCUGAUUCAUAA